GAAAAGGAAAUAACUGUAAAAUGACCAAUAAAAACAACGGUACUAAGUGACAGACUAAAGGACCCAAAACCCACACUUCAACUAAACGCACAGCUUAAACUUAAAGAAGAUCACAUAACUAUUUUAUUCUCCCAAGCUUCAACGGAGACGUUUUUCUUCAAGUUCCACGAUGCCGUUUCUUCAAGCCGCAACUUCAGACGGCAUCGUUUCACCUUAAGUUCAUAACCCGCAGCCGCAACCCUCCCCCCUCACGGAGUCACGCACGUAGCCCCUCACUCACGCAGCCCCUCUGAGCCCUCUCUUACACUGUGCUGCCGUCAACAGCGAACAGCCCCUCGCCGUCUCCCCUUUCGUGGCCUCUCGGUUAAAGGGUUCACCCCCGGGUACGAGGCGUGACAAUACUAGUUUUAACCAUCUCUAAUCAAUGAGUUAUUGGCUUCAUUGAUCUAUGAAACCAUGAAGCUUAUCGCGCUUGUGAGAUCCAUUCGUGUUCAUCGCAUACUGCCUGAAGGAACUGGGCCUUUGCAGUUUCGUUACUUCCAGUCUGAUUUUGUUCCCAGAGAUCCCAAGGCCAAGCCGAAAAGGUUCAAAUAUCCUCCAUUCUAUGACCCCUAUGGCCCUAGACCCUCACCCUCUGAGAAAAUUAUUAAUCUUGCUGAACGGAUUGUGGCACUAUCCCCUGAAGACCGCAGGCAAAUUGGUCCUACUCUCAGCGAGAAGUUGAGGCAUCCAAAGCUGCAGCCAGUUUCAGUAGAAGGUAUUGACUUGGGCACACAGGGAGGAGCUGCUGGAUCUGCAAAGGCUGAGGAGAAGAAGGUGGAGAAAACAGCAUUUGAUGUGAAGUUGGACAAGUUUGAUGCAGCUGCCAAAAUCAAGGUAAUCAAAGAAGUCAGGGCUUUUACUAAUCUGGGAUUGAAAGAGGCGAAAGACCUGGUUGAGAAGGCUCCCGUUUUGCUUAAGCAAGGGGUCACCAAGGAGGAGGCAAAUGAGAUAAUAGAGAAACUAAAGGUUGUCGGAGGAGUUGCGAGUAUGGAAUAGAAUUCCGGGGUGUUUGGAUUGGUUUCUGGGUUUUUUUAGAAAGUUUCAGAUAUUUAAAAAUAUCAAUUUUGUAAUGUGGAUGGAUACCCAUCACAAGAGCUUGUUGGAGAAUAAUUUAUAGUUGAACUUAUAAAGUUGUGCUUGAUUUGAAUAGAGUUUCAGUUGAGGUUGCAAUGUUCA